AUGGCUAACGAAGCUAAGUCUAUUAUUCAAGGAAGAAGAGAACCUAAACAUUUGAGAGUAGAAACAUAUUCAAGCGAAUUAGGAGUUGAUAAAGGGUUGUUUAAACAAUCUAAUUGUAAGGUAAAACAUGAAGUAAAGAAAGAAAAAGUUGAAAAAGUUGAUGAUAUUGUGGAUAUAAUUUCAUUCGUAUCUGGAAAUCCUUUUGUAGAAAUAACGAGAGGAAUUUUACAUUUGUAUAAGGAAAAUAUUCUUUGCACUCUUGAAGCUGGCUCAGAAAGAUGCAAUACAAUUUGCAUUUUAACAGUACCAGCUACUAUGACUUGCCAUGAUCUCUUAAAUUUCACUGCUGCCUAUCAUGAUGGAAUUCAACAUUUGAGAAUAAUUAAAGAUGGUACACCUAAUCAAUAUAUGGCAUUAAUUACUUUUAGGUUUCAGCAAAUGGCUUGUGAAUUUUAUACUUCUUACAAUGGAGCUCCAUUCAAUUCAUUGGAACCUGAUUAUGUUUGCAAUUUGGUAUUUGUAUCUGGUGUGGAAGUAGAAGAUUCCCAUCCUCAACCACCUCCAGGACAUACAGAACUUCCCACAUGUCCUGUUUGUUUAGAAAGAAUGGAUGAAUCUGUCGAUGGAAUUCUAACUAUAUUAUGUAAUCACAGUUUUCACAGCAAUUGUUUAGCCAAAUGGGGUGAUACAAGUUGUCCUGUUUGUCGCUAUAUACAGACUCCAGAAAUGGUUGCCGAUAAUAGGUGCUUGCAAUGUUCGUCAGUUGAGAACCUCUGGAUAUGUUUAAUUUGUGGACAUGUUGGCUGUGGAAGAUAUGUUGAAGGCCAUGCUUACAAGCAUUAUUUGGCUACUCAACACUGUUAUUCAAUGUUAUUGGGAACCAAUAGAGUUUGGGAUUAUGCUGGUGAUAAUUUUGUACACAGAUUAUUGCAAAAUAAAGGUGAUGGGAAACUUGUGGAAGCUGAACAACCAUCAAAAGAACCUGGAAUGGAUGAAAAAAUGGAGUCAAUUCAAUUAGAAUGGACUUAUAAUUUGACAGCACAACUUGAAAAACAAAAAGAUUAUUUUGAAGAUAAAUUAAACAGAUUACAACAAUCAUUUGCAACAGAGAGUACUGAAUUAAGACAGAAAUUAUUAAAAACAACUGAAGAAAACAGGCAUUUACUCACUGCAUUAAACGAAACAAAAUCAGAAAAAUUAAAUAUGGAGAAAAAAAUGAACGCAUUAAGUUCAAGAUUGACAUCUACAUUGAAACAAUUACAAGAUGAAAAACAAAUUAGUCAAGCUCUUCAACAAAAUCAAACUGCUUGGCGAACUAAAUUUAAUAAUCUUGAAAAACAAUUUGAAGAAUUCAAAACAAAUAAAGAUAAGGAGUUGGAAGAUGUGAAAGAACAACUUAGAGAUGUUAUGUUUUUUUUCGAAGCUCAAAAACAAAUUGAAGCAAGCGAUGCCAAGGAUGAAAUAGUAGAAGGGAAAAUAGUUAUUGCCGAAUCUUCCAAAAGCGGAAAUAAAAACACAUCAGGAAAACAAAGAAGGAAGAAAAACAAAUAA